AUGGAACAAUCCAAGGAUAACGUGCAUGACCAUGUCGAGAAAACCGGUGACUAUGAGACCGUACAGCUUGCACAUCUCACUGACCAAGAGGAUCACGAGACUGGUAUAUACCAAUCUCUCAUCCGUAAUCCUUGGGCAUCUGUCUGGUGCAUUUACGGUUUGUGGACUGUGAUUCUGCUCAGUUUCGAUGCUCAAGCAGCAGGCAGUGUUGUUGGCAUCCCCCGUUUUCGUCAAGAUUUUGGAUAUCUUUUUGAAGGCGAAUAUGUGCUGCCAGCUCAAUGGCAGUCUGCAUUUAACGGGGCCCCUGUGGCCAUGGCCGUCAUCUCUUCCCUCGCUUCUGCUGAAUUAGCAGAUAUUAUUGGCCGAAAGUUCAUGCUCCUCAUCGCAUUGGUCGUUUCCUUUGUAGGAGUUGGUGUAGAAUUUUGCGCAACUACAAAUGCUGUUUUCUUUGCGGGAAAAUUGAUCAACGGAAUCAUGGUAGGCAUUAUUGGGACAAACAUGAUUACCUACAUUGGAGAGAUUGCUCCGUUGGCUUUACGUGGUAUCUUCACUUGCUGUAUUGGUGUCUCGUACGGCAUCGGUCCUCUUGUUGCCUUCUUGAUCAUCAAUUAUACGGGCCAAGUAGAUUCUCGAUGGGCUUAUCGCUCUGUAUUCUGCUCCCAGUUUGGGUUUGCAGCGGUGGCAUUGGUUUUGUGGCCAUUUAUGCCUGAAUCUCCCUGGUUCCUGGCUGGCAAAGGCCGAACUGAAAAGGCACUAAAGAGCCUUCAUAAGCUUGGCUAUUCCGGCGAAGAGGGAGAAAAGAAACUUGCGCUCAUCAAUCUGACACUGGAACAAAUCCGCAAGGAAACCGAGGGAGUUACAUAUCUGGAGUGCUUUAAAAAAUCGAACCUGCGACGAACUAUUAUCAGCAUCAUGCCUCUAUGCAUCCAGUCCCUUUCCGGUAUCGCUUUUGUUGCUGGCUAUUUCACAUAUUAUCUGCAACUUGCUGGCUACUCUACGUCUAUGAGCUAUAAGAUUCAGAUAUCGCAGCCAGUUCUAUCAAUUGUCGGAAACAUCAUGGCCGCUGCUUGCGUUGACAGCAUUGGACGGCGCAAUAUUACCUUCUACGGACUCAUCAUCCUCACAGCCAUCCUCCUCAUCACCGGAGCAUUAGGUCUGAGCCACCAACCAUCCGAAAUUAAAGGCACUGUUGCAUUUAUCCUCAUUUACAGCUGGUGGUAUAACGUCUCGAUUGGUUCCACGGCCUUUUCUUUGCUCGCGGAGGUUUCCACAUCUCGCCUACGUGCCAAGACGAUUGCCAUUGGCUAUUCCGUGCAGAGCGCUAUUACCGUCAUGUGGCAAUUUGUCAUUCCUUACUUGUUCAACCCUGACCAUGCCAAUCUAGGGGCAAAGAUUGCCUUCAUCUUUUUCGGGUUUUGCAUUAUAUGUAUUGCUUAUUUGUACUUCUACCAGCCUGAGACGGCGGGAAGAUCUUAUCAGGAGUUGGAUGAGAUGUUUGCUAAGGGGGUUCCCGCCAGAAAGUUCAAGUCUUACAAGACCGAUAUACAGAUGCAGAAUGAGGCUGCUGCGACUGCACAAAAGCCUGUUGUGUAA